CGUGACCGCGAUGGGAGGGAGGGCGUGGUCACUGAGCCCCGAGGGGGCGUCCUCCGGGUGGGGCGGUCCAUGGCCGCCCCCGCGGGCUCCGGUGCGUCAGGGCGCGUCAGGCGGGGCGGGGCGGGGCUGAGCGCGGGCGGCGGCGGCGCGCCGAGGCCUCCUCCUCCUUCCCCUACUCCCUCUCCUCCGCCUCCCGCACUCCAGCAGUCGCCGCCGGCCGGACGGUCGUAGCUCCCGCCGCCUCCGCUUCUCUCCUAACGCCGAUCCCGCGCCCGCGCGUCCUUGCCCGGCAUGUCGGCGGCCGUGGCGUGCGUGGAUUACUUCGCUGCCGACGUCCUCAUGGCCAUAUCCUCUGGAGCUGUAGUGCAUCGCGGGCGACCCGGCCCCGAGGGCGCGGGCCCCACUGCCGCCCUGGAUGUGCGCGCAACGCGCCGUGAGGCCACGCCGCCGGGGACCCCUGGGGCUCCGCCACCGCCAGCCACUGCUCCGGGGCCGGGAGGUUCCAGCGCUGCGCCCCACCUGCUGGCCGCCAGCAUCCUGGCCGAUCUGCGAGGCGGGCCCGGAGUCUCCACAGCAGGCAGCACCGCGGGGGGCACCUCUCCGGUCUCCUCUUCCUCGGCCGCUUCGUCACCGUCUUCGGGUCGCGCCCCCGGUGCUGCCAAGAGCCACCGCUGUCCCUUCCCAGGCUGCGCCAAAGCCUAUUACAAAUCUUCGCACCUUAAGUCACACCUGCGGACACACACAGGUGAACGGCCCUUUGCCUGUGACUGGCCUGGCUGUGACAAGAAAUUUGCCCGUUCUGAUGAGCUGGCCCGCCAUCACCGGACGCAUACAGGCGAGAAGCGGUUUCCCUGUCCCCUGUGUACCAAGCGCUUCACCCGCAGUGACCACCUGACCAAGCAUGCCCGACGCCACCCUGGCUUCCGUCCGGAACUACUGCGACGACCUGGUGCCAGGAGCGCCUCACCCAGCGACUCCCUGCCUUGCAGCCUGGCUGGCAGUCCUGCACCGAGCCCUGUCCCUAGCCCAGCUCCUGCCGGCUUGUAGAGCCCUGGUCCCUUCACCCUGAGGGUGUCCUGCUUGCUAAGCCUCGGCAGGGAUUUCCAUUAAGAGACACAUCUGCCCUCUGGAGAGCAGGUGUCCUGGAGUCCCAGCCUGCAUCAAGGAGGCAUCAGGGGGACUGAGAAUGGACUUGGGUCUCUGGGGGGCCUGGGAGGUGGCCUCAGUUUCUGUCUGUAAAUAGCCAUGAUUAACUGUCCCAUCCCCUCUGCAGGGACACUCCCAAGUGGGUGUUGGCAGGUCCUCCAUGUCCCCUUCUGCCACCUUCUGCCUUCCCUCCUGGGUGGCAUUGGGCAUGAAGCCUAGCCACAGUCCCACUCCUUAAUCUUCAGCCCCCUAGUCACUCCUCCAGGUUGGGACACAGGUACACAGAGCCAUAGGUGAUUGGGGCUUCCUGUGGGCCCCGACCUGUCCCCACCCCACUGAAAGCCAUUGGCGGAAGUUCAGGGAAAUGGGGGGUGCAGCCUGGCUGACCCCCCAACAUGGGUACUCAAAUCUCAGGUGUUCACAGGCUCUGCCCUCAAUAAGGGCCACCCCACAGCCCCGACCCUGGGAAUACAGGAGACGCUGCAGUUUUCCAGAAGAGAACUGAGGGCUAGGGGGCACAGGCAGGGUGUGUGGAGGGCCCCUCACAGAGCAUCACCACUCACUUUGGGGUGCGGUGUUGGGCAGGUGGGAAACAUUAUUUAUUGUCCUCUCUGACUGUUGGUUGGCAUGGGGGCCUGCUCCCCAUGUGGGUGUGUAUAAGUGAGAGACGGUGGGUCUCUGAUGCCUUGGGCUCUGCCUCCCCACUCCCACUGGAUUAGGGUCCCUGAGUUUGGCCUUUGGGGCAUUGCGUCUCAGACAAUCUUCUAUAGGACCUGUGUGGCCAUCAGCCUAGGGAUGCAGGGUUCUGCCCUGCCUUCAUGUCCUCCACACUCCUGGGUGUCUGUAGAGGUGGUCUUGGACUCUAGGACUAGAAGUAGGGGCUCAGCUCCUGGGCCUUCUGGGAUGGCUUGGUUUUGUUUUUUGGUUUUUUUUUUUUUUUGGAUGGAAUAGACUAUUUUUUCAGGCUCCAGUUCCUUGUUUCAGGGGGCCCCCUUGUGUGGCCGCUGUCCUCAGGGGUAUGAGUGUUGGAGGGUAGGAUGGGGAGCUCUCUCCCGAGUCUAUCUUGGGGUCCUCUUGCUGUGACUUGGAGUACCCUCACUAGAAAGGCAACUAGGGAUCCCCCUUAAGAAUUUGGGGGCCCAGAGGAAGUUGAGCUGCCCCAUAUUUGCUGUAGGAGGUUUCUGGCAUCCCCAUUUGUUCCAGAAUCUUCCAUCAUCCAAUGAGGGAAGCUUUGGGUGCCACCACCUUUACCUGAGCCUACCUGGAGGGAGGCCUCCCUUUUGGAGCUGGGCUCAGAGGGUUCUAGGCCAGCAACCCUCCCAGGUACUUCCAUCUGCCCCCUUCUCUUUGGCCACAGAAAUGAGAUGCCUUAGUCGGUGGGGUGAGGAUUUAGGCCCCAUUAUUUUGUGUCUUCUGGAUGUAUCAUGCUUCAUCCAGGCUCCUGCUGGUCCCUUGCCCUUCCUGCAAGCAGGGGAAAGAUCUGUGGUCUUAGGACUUUGGGAGGAAACUUCAUAAGCAAGCAGAGCUUUCUUGGUAUCCUUACCCUCACCCUAACUUCAGGUUCUGGUUGGUCACUGGAACUUGUGUCUAACCAUUGAGGGAUAGUGUCUGCAGCACAGGUAGGACAGGAGUUCUAAGGGAUUUGUUCUUUUUUGGGGGGCCACCCCUCCUCCAUUCCACCUGGCCUCUCACCCUUGUAUUUAAUUAAAGAAGCCUCACCCCUCCUUUUUUUUUAAACCUG